AUGUUUAUCCGCCUCUCUACUGCUUUCGUUAUGCUCUUCGGCCUGACGGCCCUUGUCGGUGCUACAGUCCCUGGCAAGCGUGACAAUGUUGCGAGGGUGGCCCAACCCGCACCUGACCUGAGCAUGCCAGGAACCCGAUCCGAACCUACCCCAAAGUAA